AUGGGUUAUGGGACCGCACGAAUUGGUCCUAUGAAUGCUCCCAUAAUUGUUCCCAUGGCCGAUCCGUUAUUCUAUCGGCAAUGCAGAACGGAAAUCAAAGUCAGAGGCAACGGGUCGUAUUGGACUAGUGGUUCACUUGCAAAGUGCCCUUUCGCAGCGGAAUAUGGUCGAAUCAAGCAAGGAGACUCGCGAACGUAUCCUCCCACGGGCGGGAUAUGGCAUCCGGCGGCCAAGUUGACGUCUGCGAAAUACGAGGUUGAGCCCAGAUCUUCGCUUCCAGAACAAAAGCUCCGGUAA